AAGAGCCUAACAUUAAACUAAGCAACGCUCGGUUCUAUUUUCUCUUUCACCAUAUUCAUUGUCCCUUAAGUCUAGGGCAGAGUUUCUACAAUGCCUUAGACACACAAUUUCGCCAAAAAAAAAAAAACCAAACCCAAACGAACCGUGCGAUAAUGGCGUUCCAGGAUUUCGACAUGAUCACCGAACGGCGGAGGAACGAGGAGAGGCUUAAGAUGAAGAAGAAGAUCCUCAUCGGUCUCAUCUCCGCCGUCCUCCUCGCGUGCGUCAUAGGCGCCGCGACAUUCGUGGUUGUCCAAAGAACAGGCCCUAAUAAUAAUCCAAAGCACGCCACGCCAUUGCCACAGAACUCCGCCGCCACGUCACACGUGGACCAAAACUCCAGGCUGGUGAAGAUGAUUUGCGGAUCCGCUGAAUACAAGGAAAAAUGCGAAACCACCCUCGGAGAAGCCCUAAAGAAGGACCCCAAAUUGGCGCAGCCAAAAGACCUAAUGAUGGUGUCCAUGAUUCUGGCCGAGAAGGAGGUUACAAAGGCCUUCGACGGAACGGCAAAGAUGAUGGACAAGGCCUCUGAGGAGGAGAAGGGGGCGUACGAGGAUUGCCAGGGCUUGUUCAAGGACGCCAAGGAAGAGCUUGAGUUGUCGAUCACCGAGGUGGGUGAUAACGACGCGGACAGGCUCUCCACAAAGGGUGCUGAAUUGAACAACUGGCUUAGUGCGGUUAUGUCUUACCAACAAACCUGCAUUGAUGGUUUCCCCAAAGGGAAGAUCAAGGAUGAGUUAAGCAACAUGUUUAAUGAGUCCAAGGAGCUUGUGAGCAACUCCCUCGCCGUUGUUUCGCAGUUCUCUUCGUUCUUUUCGAUCUUCCAAGGCGCCGGGGAGCUUCAUCUUCCUUGGGAGAUUACCAGUGAUGAUGCACCUGCACCUACUACUGCUUCUGCUUCUGCUGUUGGUGCUGGUUUUGGGUCUAUAUUUGGUUCUGGUUCUUCUUCUUUUGGUUAUGCUUCUGCUCCUGGUGUUGCUCCUACUACUACAGGUGUUGCUCCUACUACUGCAGGUGCUGCUCUUGCUCCUGGUGUUGCUCCUGGCCCAGUUCCUUCUUGGGCUGCAGGUUCCAUUCCUGCAUGGGCUGGUCCAGUUUCUGUUUGGGCCGGCCCUGCUGAGUUUAUCGGAUCAAAUGAGAAACCCACACCUAAUGUCACCGUGGCAAAAGAUGGCAGCGGAAACUUCAAAACCAUCUCUGAAGCUUUGGCUGCCAUCCCAUCAAAAUACGACGGAAGGUACGUGGUUUAUGUUAAAGAAGGAGUGUACGAUGAGACCGUGACAGUGACAAAGAAAAUGCUAAACGUAACCAUGUACGGUGACGGACAGCAAAAGAGUAUCAUCACUGGCAACAAAAAUUUCGUGGAUGGAGUCAGGACUUUCCAAACUGCAUCAUUCGUUGUACUUGGAGGUGGAUUCUUGGCGAAAGACAUGGGAUUCAGAAACACAGCCGGUGCAGAGAAGCACCAGGCAGUGGCCGCAAGAGUGCAAGCCGACCAAGCCAUAUUCUUCAACUGCGCCUUCGAGGGCUACCAAGACACUCUUUAUGCCCAAACCCACAGGCAAUUCUAUCGCGACUGCUACAUCUCUGGAACAAUCGACUUCAUCUUUGGUGACGCCUCUGCCGUUUUCCAGAACUGCACCAUGGUGGUAAGAAAGCCACUUGACAACCAACAGAACAUCGUGACAGCACAAGGAAGGCUCGACAAGCAAGAAAACACUGGCUUCGUCCUCCAGAAGUGCGUUAUCAAGGCCGGCACAGAUUUGGUUCCGGUGAAGGACAGAAUCAAGAAUUACCUCGGAAGGCCAUGGAAGGAGUAUUCAAGAACCAUCAUCAUGGAGACUCAGAUUGAUGACCUAAUUCACCCUGAUGGGUUUCUUCCCUGGGAAGGGAACUUUGCCCUAAGCACCCUUUACUACGGAGAGUACAACAACAAUGGGGCUGGUUCCAUCACCACUGCUAGGGUUAAUUGGCCUGGCCGUAAAGUCAUCAAUAGAGAUGAGGCUACCAGGUACACAGUUGAGGCUUUCUUGCAAGGGACAUGGAUCAAUGGCACAGGUGUACCAGCUCAACUAGGCUUGUACAAUUAAAAAGGGUCUAAUUAUUAACAUCAUUAGUAUAUAAAUUUAUAUACCAGUUGAGUUGA